CUCAAAACAGGUCAAUCUGAGGAGGGCUGUUUUAGACAGGGUAAAAAGGUGCUGUUUUAAAUUAUCCUUGUUGUAUUUUGACCAAAAUAUGUAAGAGACAUUGCAUUAAGAUCCCAAGGAACCAUAUCAACUGUAGUAAAUGGGCAUACGAUGGGUCCUUUAAAUCAAAACUUAAAACCUACUUUUAUCAAACCACAUUCCAUGAUUUUACCUCAUUCUAGUGUUAUUAUUGUAAUGUGUGGUCAUGCUUCAAUUUCUGUCUUCUUUAAGAUCAUUAUCCCCUCAGCGGUCAUACUUUUAAACCAGCUGUAGCCCUGGUGUUAGGCAAUUUUAACAAACGACUAAUGGAUUGUUAGUGCUCUUUUUAUGUAUUUUUGUAUUGUCAUGAUGUAUAUGGGUUGUCUGUGACUACUGUUUAAAAACCAAAUGGCCCUUCGGGGACAGUAAAGAUAACCUUUACCUUAACUUAACCUUUAUUCUCCUUUUUUAGUUUUUCAUUUUCCUAUGAGAGGGUUUGUAUUUCUAAUUUUCACAAGUUAUUCUUUAUUUUUUCUGAGAUGUGCAUCUUAUAAAUAAAGAUGUGAUUCAUUAUUAUUAAAUGCAUCUAAUUGAUUUGACUUUAAUUGUUACUGUAUGUUGUGAUUGAAGAAUAACACACUCUGCCUCUCACUGAAAGCUCCUCAUAAAACUGAGUGUGAACAGGCCGCUGUGUAAUGCAGUUAAACCUGAAAAGAAACAAGAACCUCUUCCUGAAACACAACCAGCUCCUCCCAGUCAGGACAUGUCUUUCCUCCUCCCUUCACACACGUGUCAGUGUAAGGACCAGUGAACAACCGGCUGUGAACUGUGGGAGAUGAGUCACUGCAGGAAGUGAACGUGGGGGAGGGGCAGAGAUCUGUUUCUGCUCAGAGGAAGUGAAUCUGUUCUACAGUCUCUGGCAGCAGCUGAAAUGGAGCAGCAAGAAAUUAAACUUGACAGACAAAGAUUCUGCUGUUUGAUCUGUCUGGAUCCACUGAAGGAUCCGGUGACUACUGGCUGUGGACACAGCUACUGUAAGAGCUGUAUUAACAACCACUGGGACCAUGGGGAGGAGAGAGGAAGCUACAGCUGCCCUCAGUGUAGACAGACCUUCACACCGAGGCCUGUCCUGGGGAAAAACACCAUGUUAGCUGAUUUACUGGAGGAGCUGAAGAAGACUGGACUCCAAGCUGCUCCUGAUGAUCACUGCUAUGCUGGACCUGAAGAUGUGGCCUGUGAUGUCUGCACUGGGAGAAAACGGAAAGCUUGUAAGUCCUGUUUGGACUCUUAUUGUGAAAAUCACCUCCAGCCUCAUCUUCAGUCAGCUCCAUUUAAGAAGCACAAGCUGGUGGAGCCAUCGGAGAAGCUCCAGGAGAACCUCUGCUCUCGUCACGACGAGGUGAUGAAGAUGUUCUGCCGCACUGAUCAGCAGUGUAUCUGUUAUCUCUGCUCUGUGGAUGAACAUAAAGACCACGACACAGUGUCAGCUGCAGCAGAAAGGACUGAGAGGCAGAGAGAGCUCGGGCUGAGGAGACAAACAAUCCAACAGAGAGUCCAGGACACAGAGAAAGAUGUGAAGCUGCUUCAACAGGAGGAGGAGGCCAUCAAUGGCUCUGCUGAUAAAGCAGUGAAGAACAGGGAGAAGAUGUUCACCCAGCUGAUCCGUCUGCUGGAGAAAAGAAGCUCUGAUGUGAAGCAGCAGAUCAGAUCCCAGCAGGAAACUGAAGUGAGUCGAAUCAGAGAGCUUCAGGAGAGACUGGAGCAGGAGAUCACUGAGCUGAAGAGGAAAGACCAGGAACUGAAGCAGCUCUCAGACACAGAGGACCACAACCAGUUUCUACACAACUACCCCUCACUGUCACCACUCAGUGAAUCUACACACUCAUCCAGCAUCAGGAUCCGUCCUCUGAGGAACUUUGCAGGCGUGACAGCAGCUGUGUCACAGGUCAGAGGUCGACUACAGGACAUUCUGAGUGAGACAGAGAUUUUACAGAUUGUGUCUCAAGUGGAUGUUUUACUGCAACAACCAGAUCCAGAGACUAGAGCUGACUUCUUAAGAUAUUCACAGGAAAUCACACUGGAUCCCGACACAGUUAACAAAUAUCUGUUAUUAUCUGAGGGAAACAGAAAAAUAACAUAUGAGGGAGUGGAAUCAGAAUCAGAAUCAGAACAGUCUUAUUCUGAACACCCAGACGUAUUAACUUAUAUGGAUCACGUACUCAGUAGAGAGAGUCUGACUGGACGUUGUUACUGGGAGGUGGAGGUGGAGGUGGGAGGAGCAGUUGGUGUAGCAGUCACCUACAAGAAUAUCAGAGUAAAAGCAGGCUCAAAUCAAUGUGGAUUUAAUGAUAAAUCUUGGAUGUUAUAUUGUUUUGAAGACAGUUAUGAAUUUCAUUACAACAGGAUCAAGACUCCAGUGUCAGGUCCUGUGUCCUCCAGAGUAGGAGUGUACCUGGAUCACAGUGCAGGUGUUCUGUCCUUCUACAGAGUCUCUGACACCAUGACUCUCCUCCACAGAGUCCAGACCACAUUCACUCAGCCUCUCCAUGCUGGAGUUUGGGGUUGUUCUCCUGGAGACACAGCUGAGUUAUGUGAACUCAAAUAGACUUGAGUCAUUAAAAGCAGUGAUUUAGAUUCUGUGUUUAAAUCUUUAACUUCUUUUGUCUCCAUGUUUGUUGAUCAAAGUUCUUCGUGGUGACUUUCUGCUCCUCACAGAGAUCAGCUGUCAAUCAAACACUGACCUUCCUUUAUCGCACACAUUUAGUUCUCACUGUGUAAAGACAGAAAUCUAUAGUUACACUGACAUGAAUGUGUUUGAAAGAACUGAUGUUGCUGUUGUUUUCUAAAUCAAUGUAGAAAUCAGGUUGUGUGAUGUUUUAGAACCUGUGUUGAUCCUGAUCGUCAUCGAUGAGCUGAUUAUUUGUUCUUUUAUUUUCCACGUGUGAGAUGGAGGUGAAACAAACUGAUUGUAUGUACAUGAACUCUCUGAACAAGAGUCACUGAACAGACUUUACUGAUGAAAUGAUCAAUGACCUCAGAGCGUCAACAUGUCCAACAGAUCAACUGUACUUUAUUUCAGGCAUUAGUAUGUUUAUUAAUCUAAUUAAUACAUUGUAACAGUAGUAAAGUGUAAUGUACCUUCAAGACAUUCUGUGUUGUCCAGAUACCAAAGUCCAUUAUAUCCUUAAGUCAUUUGUAAAGCAUGGACUGUGCAGGAGCUUCUCUAAACUCAAGGUGCCAGUGGCCUCUGUUGGAUUCAUGUGUGACAGGAUAGUCUCCGUUCAGCCGGGCGUUAACAAUGGAACGUAUGUUAGCAAAAAACGAAUGUCGUAGGAAACGUCCACCUACGUUGUGUGUGAGUGUUUGCUGAUCACCAUGUUCCACGUGCUCCACCUCCACCCACACGGACCCUGAACUGAAGAUAAAUCACUGAUCUAUGUAUUAAUCCACCUGUGGGUUUGAGAGGAUAACGUUGAGAGUCAGUGUCAGAAUAUUACACAUAUAAUCACUUUAGAUUUAAUGAAUAAUAUCAUUAACACAUGGAGGAUUGCUUUUUAUUUGAUUUGAAUUAAUCAUUAAGGAUUUCAAUUCUUUUCCUUAAUUGUUUUUGAUUGUAUUUUAAUUUUGUUGGGAUUUUAAUAAAGUUACA